UGUGUGUGUGUGUGUGUGUGUGUGUGUGUGUGUGUGUGUGUGUGUGUGUGUGUGUGUGUGUGUGUGUGUGUGUGUCCUCGUCCUCGUCCUCCUGGAAGUGGCGGAGCCUCCGCGCGCUUACUGGAAGGAGACGUGAUGCCUUCGUGUAACCCUCGUAAGACGCAUGCAUCCAGCGUUCAUGAGCGAUUGCAAUGGUGUGAAAUACAGUUUUGUUCAGGUGGUCGAAGCCCCAGCAGAGGAAACCUGACCGGACCUCGAUGGAACCUGGAGUGGUGGACGCGGCCCCCGUCCUCGCCGAGGUCCACGUGUGAUCGCCGCAUUUCCCACGGACACUGGAAGGCAUCAGCGGCCCGGCGCUGGGAGAACGGGGGAGCGGGGAUGGAGCCGGGGGGUGGGAGGGGCCUGGCGCGGCUGACGUCACCGGCUGUGUGGAGGAGUAUAGGCUGUGCUGUCAGCCCAGUGUCAGUCUGAUGAAGAUUGGCAUGCAGGCAGGACGGGCGGGGCGGAAUGGUCCGGACGUUGGCCAAUUCGCAUUGUGAAGAUCCCGGGAUCUCUGACGGAGGAGUGACUACAGCGACAGACGAGUGUCCUCGUCAGGCUGCCCGCGACUCGGCUUCUUCUGAGAUCAGUUAUGAUAUCACACACAACCCGCAAAGUGUCUGACUCCAUCACCUCGGCCUACAUGUUUGACGACGAGGACUAAGGGUUUCGUGCGGAGGGUUGGAUACUGGGCAACGGCACAGACAACAACACUGAGGGCUGCCGCGCUGCUGUGGGCAAAGCUAACUUCUCAAUGUGAAGCUAUCCCAUGAUGCAACAUGCGUCCCCAGCACCUGCAGUGACAAUGAUGGCCACCCAGAGUGUUCCUCCACCAUCGUACCAGGAGAGCCAACAGAUGACGGGCACUACUCAGCAGAACGCCAAGACCCCGCAGGUUCAUAUACCAGCAGCCACUGCAGCAGGAAAUACCUCUGUCAGUGCGACCCUUGACCCUCAGGCCCAGCUCGAGUCGGACAAGAGGGCCGUUUACAGACAUCCGCUGUUCCCACUGCUGGCGCUGCUGUUUGAGAAAUGCGAGCAGGCCACGCAGGGGUCCGAGUGCAUCACGUCCGCCAGCUUCGACGUGGACAUCGAGAACUUUGUGCACCAGCAGGAGCGGGAACACAAACCCUUCUUCAGCGAGGAUCCCGAGCUGGACAACUUGAUGGUAAAGGCCAUUCAGGUUCUGAGGAUCCACCUCCUCGAACUGGAGAAGGUCAACGAGCUCUGUAAGGAUUUCUGCAACCGUUACAUCACCUGUCUGAAGACCAAGAUGCACAGCGACAACCUCCUGCGCAACGACCUGGGAGGACCCUAUUCCCCGACACACACCAGUCUCAGCAUGCAACAGGAACUAAUUCAGACCUCCUCUCCAUCCAUGACCUCUGUCUCCAGCUCUGUUAACCCUUCAGGGAUUGUGUUGCCCGCCGGGGGUCUGCAACAGGGCAAUGUCGCCAUGACUACCAUCAACUCUCAAGUGGUUUCGGGUGGGACCCUGUACCAGCCGGUUGCCAUGGUGACAUCACAAGGGCAAGUGUUAACGCAGGCGCUGCCGCCAGGAACCAUCCAGAUCCAGAACUCACAGGUAAACCUGGACCUGGCGUCCCUGUUGGACAGCGAAGACAAGAAGUCCAAGAACAAGAGGGGGGUCCUGCCCAAACACGCCACCAACAUCAUGAGGUCGUGGCUCUUUCAGCAUCUCAUGCACCCGUACCCGACAGAAGACGAGAAGAGGCAGAUUGCCGCACAGACGAAUUUAACCCUUUUGCAAGUGAACAACUGGUUCAUCAAUGCUCGCCGGCGUAUCCUCCAGCCCAUGCUGGACGCCAGUAACCCGGACCCGUCCCCUAAAGCCAAGAAGAUGAAGUCCCAGCACCGCCCCACUCAGCGCUUCUGGCCCGACUCCAUCGUGGCUGGAGUCCUGCAGACGCACCGAUCUCAAACAGGAAACUCCGACAACCCGCUGAGUCUGGACAGCCUCCAGUCCCUGUCCUCAGACUCGGCCACCCUGGCCAUGCAGCAGGCCAUGCUGGGCGCCGACGACUCCAUGGACGGCACAGAGGAGGACGAGGAGGAGGAGGAGGAGGAGGAGGAAGAGGAGGAGGGAAUGGAGGAGGAGGAGGAGGAGGAGGACGGCGGCGAGGAGGCAAACGACCGGGGGAGGCCGAUGUCCGGUGGGGGACGGGCACGGAGGGAUCUGAGCAUGGAGCACAGAGAGGAGCUGGAGUAAGCGGGCCGCGGAGGAAGAGACCAUGUGAGCGGUCGUCUUCUCCAAAUCCAAACUCAGACUGGGACGACUCGAGCGCUGCGACUCCGGGAAGCAUCUCUGCCGCGGAGCCGGAUGCCACACAAUGACCACGAGAUCAUGAUUAUAGAGAACGACUAUUAGUUUAAAUGACGAAUAUGUGUUGUUUCCUUUUUACGGCGGCAUGUCCUCAUGCAAGCCAGAGAUGUUUUUUGGACGGUUGCACUUUUCUUUUUUCCUUUUUCACUCUGCAGCUCCCGAGAGAGAUGGAAAGGUUGCAAGUAUGGGUGUUGUGCUAUUUUGCAACAAAAAGCGACGCGUGGAUCAAGAAAAGUCAUAACUGUCUUUCGGGGGUUGUUUCUUUAAACAACCAAAUGUGUCGGCACCGUGACAGAGAGGGCUGUUUGCUUCGCGUUGUGUUUUCUUUCCUUUUUUUUCCAACUGUGCAUUUCACGUCGGUGAAAAUACGAUAUUCAACGAGUGAACCUUCGCGGGUCACGUGUCAUUUCACAAAAAAAAUGAAUAGAAAAAAGAAGAAGGGGGUUAGCAAUGCAGAAGUGACACGUGCGUGCGAGCUGACUCGAAGCCUCUCAGGUCGAACUACUCUCCUCCGGUGUGUGUCUUCGUCCAUCGCGAGGGACAACACUCGAACUCGGGAGAAAAAAUGGUUUUGGGCAUGAAUUUUUCCUUCUCACAUGAAAAAAAAGAAAUUCUGCCUGCACAUGUAGUAUGUAUAUUGGGGUUUUGUUUUUUUUCAUACGUUUGCAUUCUGGUGUUGAAGGUUCUUGCAUAUUUAUUCUGUUCUUCUCCUCUCCGCGUGGCCCCGGAGGGCGGCCGAGGGGGAGCGGCGCUUCACCCGCCGACUUCAGCCGUGGACGGUCAGAACUGCUCGCGCGUGUUCCCUGACUCCGGGGCGAUCCCGUCCCAGAAUGAGAGCACGGCGAGCCCCCGCACACGCCGCGGGACCACGGGCCGCCUCUCCCGCAUCUCAGCAGUCGCGAAGAACCGCACGAAGACGGCCCGACGACUUCGGGAUCCCCACCGGCUGACGGCGCCGGCGUUUCCUGACACAAAACCUUUUCACGGGAGGCGACGGAGUUGAGGGGGACACGAGGGAGAGAGGGAGAGAGAGAGAGAGAGAGAGAGAGAGAGAGAGACAAAACAAACAGAAAAAAAACAAAAGAAAAAAAACUUUGAAGAAACUGUGAAAAGAUUUCAGCUCUCUGUUUUGUACUAAAAAAAAAACACACACACACACAAACAGUUUUUAAUGUGAAGAUGUCUAGAGAAACAAAAAACAUGUUAUAUUGAAUGUUCUGAUUGUUCAUUGUGGCGUAUGUUGCUCAUUGAUGUUCCUUUCUCCGUUGCUUUUCCUUUUUUCCUUUUUUUUUCAAAUGGAUCUUCCAGAACAAGUGACUGACCGAAUAGGGAUUUCUUUCUAUUUCAUUUGUACACUUUGUUGUCAUAAUCUAUUGUGUUUCAAUAGACCAAUUUUAAUAAUUAAACAUGUAAAGGUGCUGA